AUUCCACCACAGUGUGAAUUAAGAAUAAAAAAUAAAAUAAAGUAAAUAGCUUACGCACAGCUCCGACAGUUGUCCGACGUUGUAACUCGUAACUAAGGCAACAAGGAAUGACGUGGUCCGCGGGAGAACAAACGCAAAAAGGAACUAAACAAUCCACAACACCGGAUCGUUUGACUUCUGAUUUCCAUUAAUAGCUAAUAGCAAAAGUGUUGAACAUGGAGAGACAUAACGUUGGAAAAGAAAAGCUCAUAGUUCCCACUGACUUUAUCUCAUCAGCGAUUUCAAGAAAUAUCCAGGAGGACCUGGUACCCCCAUCUCAUUUUGCAUUAAGUGUCCCGUCUACUGGAGCACACAGAGGAGCUCAAACUGCAGGGACACCGCCAACCAUCUCCUGGAUAAACCAUGGUGUAACAUCUGCUCCAUCAGGCGAUCCAAGUACUGCCAAUCCGUGGCGUGCCAUCACUCAGGCCCAACAGGAAAUCUUGGAACUGAGGAAGGAAAAUCAGAGGAUCAUGAUGUUACAAGGAGAUGGCAGAGGAAGGAAUACUGUGGAUCAACCGUCAGACCUUAGGGCAAGAUGUUCAGAGAGAAGUGAGCAGUGGUCCAGAUGGGAGUCAGAGAGGCAUCUGGAGGCAGAGAAGCACAAGGCCGAAGCUGAGAGGUUGAAGGGGCAGGUGGAGGCCCUGAAGGAGACUGCAGGAAGACACAGGGAAGAGAUGAGAGACAGAGACUUCACUCUAAACAGACAGAGCCACGAGUUGGAAGCAAUGCGUGAAGAGCUUUGUAAGGCUAAAACUGAACUCAGCCAAACCAGAACAGAGCUCACUCACAGCAGUGCACAGAAGGAGAAAAUAAGCACACAGCUUGAAAGACUAAAGAGAGAGUCUGGUGAGGAAAUUACAAAGCUGAGGAGAGAUUUAGCGAGGAGCAAAGAGGAAGCCCAGGAGCUCACUCUGAAGGCUGAAAUGUGCAGGUCACAGGCUGCGGAGGAGGCCAAACUGCAGAAUCUUAGACUGUCAGAACAAUGGGAGGAAAUGCAGAAGAAACAUGAGAUGGAGCUGCAACAGUUGAAUGCUUCCCACUGUGCAGAGGUGGUUGCUGCAAGAAAAACAAACGGUGAACUACAGGACAGACUUCAAUUGAUGACCUCCGAAGUGCUGCAGCUAAAAAGCACUCUGAUGGAGGUAUCUACUGAGAAAGAUGGGCUGAAAGAACAUUUAAGCCAAAUGGGACAAGCUUUUGAGACACAAUCGGCAACGCUGCACAGCCUCAGAAAUUACAUCGGCCAACUUGCCCCAGAGAAAGGAGAGAAGGAACAAUUAAAUCAAGCUGUUGAGAGGCUGAACAAAGAGAAAGCAGCUCUUCAGAUGACCACAGAGCUUUUGACAGUCAGGUUUAACGCUGUGAACGAGAUACUCGCCCUCCAAGAAGAGAAACUAAGCUCGACAGACCUGCUUGUGAAAAAUGGAUCUGAAGGCCUUCGAGUGCUGCAGCUCUGGAGGGACAAAGUGUUCAAGUUGUGCAUCCAGCUUCGCUCAAAGGACAUCGAACUCAGAGGAGAGAAGGACAAACUUCUUUCAGAAGUCAGAUUCAUGGAGCAGCAGUUCCAGCAAGAGCAGCACCGGGCUGCUGUGCUCCAACACAGUCUGGAUGACAGGAUAGCUGAGCUGGACCUGGAGAGAGUAGAAAAGGAGACAUUGAAGCAUGACUUGGCCCAGCAGCAAAAGGAAAACGCACAGCUAAAGUCACAGAGCGAGAAAGAAGAGGCUCAAGUUAAAACCCUGACAGAGACAGUGCGCAGGUUCAGUUUGGCGUUUGAAAGGAAAGUGGCAGAAGUGGACGCAGCCCAAGCAAAGCUGGACACUUUGACCCAGAGGCUAACGUUUGCUAAAAGACGCGUGGAGACAACCCAAGGUUUGAUCAUGAGGAGGGCGGCUCUGCAGAGAGUUCAGCAGGCCAGUAAACAGACAGAAGAAGCUGCUGACAGCAUCACAACCCUUCAGACAGAGCUACGUUUGGUGUGUGAAGAGAGAGACAAGCUCACACAGGAGCUCAAAAGAACCCCGGAGCUCAUUGAAAAAGCUCUGGCCGACCUGAAAGAACAGCAUGAAGGCAAACUGAGGCGGCAGCAGCAGGAGGCGCUGGAGCAGAACUGGGCGGAGAUCCGGCAGGCUGUGGCGGGCAGAGAGGAGGCCGAGCGGAGCCUGCAGCAGACCCAGGCCCAGCUGGAGGAGAGCAAGGUCAACCUGGAGAAACUCGGCUCUGAGCUGCUCAGCCAGCAGGAGCACAGCGAACGGGCCCUGCAGGAGAGAGUGUCUGAGAUUGAGGACCGCUGUGCUGCGAAGCUGAGAGAGAUGGAGGUUCAAGUCAAUACUUCCAGGAGAGAGCACACGAAAGCAGUUAUGACUUUGCGGCAGUUUGAGAGAGAGGCUGCAAGGAAACAGGAUGAGAUGAGAGAAACUCAACAACACACAAAGAGGGGAGUCCAGAAUAAACAAGUGAGGGAGACAGAGAGAGAGAGAGACAAAAAACUACUGCUGGCCACUGCUGCGGAAAGCUGGCCGACAGGUGAGUAUACAAGAGCUCUACAAAACUCUGCUGCUGCCAGAGAACAUGGAGAACCCCCCCAGGAGAUGAGUCACCCCGUGGGAACAAAAGUACCUGCAGAUGGGAGGCUCCUGUCUGUUUUGGAGGAGCUCCAUUCUCUCAGUGCUGCAGUGGUUAACAGCUCUGAGGACUCUGCGGAGGAGGAGGAGGGACAGAGUGACAGCGUGGGACCGUCUACUGGCAGUCUGCACAGCUGAUACCUGACGAUGACUCACUGCAGCCUGUCAACGCACCUUUCGUUUGUACAAAAGGUGGGCAGUGUUGAGAAAAAUUCAGUCAGUGGAAACAAUUUAUUUGAGCCAAACCGCAGAAAAACCACGCAUGUCACAUUCCUUCAGGGUGCAGAAGAAGAAUGAUGGCUGUCUGCUGCAGACACAAAUAAGAAUCCAAGCUUAAAAAAAUGUGUUUGAAUAAGUUUUCUGCAUCUGUCUCCAGUAUGACUUUUAAUUAAAGAUGAUACUGGUAAUACAGGGAUGGACAUGGUAUUUAACUCGUAAACAAAAGUAGAAUUAAAUGUUUAGAUAUUUAUGUAAACACCAAGGGUUUCAGCUGUAGAAUAAUCUGGUUUUUCAAUAUCUUGCUUGGAUUAAAUCACCUCAACAAUAAGACAAGAAAGCAAACAUUUCCCUUUAAAAGAGAAAAUAUAGUAAAAUAAACUAUUUUUUUUAUCAUUGAAUCAAUUUAAAAGCAUAAGUCUAAAGGUUAUGCUUUUACUGCAUAUAGAAUAAUAUCAUUUGUGUUCAUAACAAAUAAUGCAAUAUGGAAAGAUGGUGAUGACUUGAAAAUAUGUGACUAGGUUUGUGAGUUAUUUGAAAAAACCCCCAAAACAAACAGCUGACAUCCUUGAACUUGUCCUGUUAAUGUGAAUGGAAGUCUGCUGUGUUGACUUUGAUCAUCAAAGUUUAUGCAAUGGUCCAAAAUCUUUGUUAUGCAGCAAUGUAUAUCUUACUUUUUUCUUGUGAGCUAAUAAAAUAUUUUUAUAUUGCAA